ACCGGUGCCUUCUGUAUCAGGAAUUUUGCUAUCUCUGUGUUUCCUUAAAAUAUGCGGUUAAGAAUCAUUCAGAGCCAUAGCCGCAAACAGCACGGGGUAAGUGACACACUGAGGUAUAUCAUUCUGGGGUGGUCUUACUUUAAUGGUUUUUCAUCACAGCUUUAUAGACCUGCGUUCAUCUGCCACCUAGAUGAAAUUUGCGGGUGUGCGUUGUGCAUUUUCUCUUUGGGUCUAUAAUGAGGAAUUACCCUGAGAGAUCCAUGCACGUGUGGAUAUUAGGUUAAUUGUAAAAUAGAUAAAUAUCUUUGGUUAAUUAGAAUUAGAUGUGAAUAUUAGGUUAAAUAGUAAUUAGAUGUGCGUAUUAUCGCUGGUUGGCUUAAAACGGCGAGUGUGGUAUGGUGGAUUGUCUAUGGUUAUUCCUAUCUUGUUAUCCGAAGAUCUCUGUGACUCUGCAAUGGAAAAAUAAGAUCUAGAAAAUGGAUAGAUGUAUAGAUUAUGGGCUUGGUAUCCUGGCACAAUGACUGGGCACAACAGGGCCAGCAGGCUCGAUACAGGGGGUCCAUCUGAGACAAACCAGUGAAGAAUGUGGCCGUACGGUUUCAACUCUGGGCAGUUACAGAGCAGAGACAAGCCACAGUGAUGUCCACCUUUCCAUUUUAAGAAGCGACUCUUUCUAGUUCAGGAUCACGACAAUGGGGUCUGUCCAGUUAGACCAGGUGCUAACCCUGGAUAGGUUACCUGUCCAUCACAUGAAUAAGUUCCUCAGUCACAUUCACUCAUGCCAGGUCCAUUUAGAUUGUUCAGUCAACCUAUAUGCAUGCUUUAGGACUUUGAAAACAAACCAAAUUAACAAAAAUAUGCAUAAAUAAGUCACUAGGUCGUAGGUGAGAAUGUUAUAAGUCCUCCUUAAGAUUGACUGGAAAUUUUCCCCCAGGUCCCAUUUUGUUAUUCAACUUUAGCAUUAUCAGAACACAAAAAAACUCUUUAUCCAUUUUUGAUUUAUCAUAAACAAAUGUGGUGUUUUACAACAUUCAGAUGGUAGAAUUUUGAAUAAUUGCUUUUUAGAUAAAGAUUGUUUUGUUAAACGAGAUUUUUUUCCUCACUUGACUCGAAAGGAGCAGGUAUUCAAGAAAGAGAAAAUCGUUCAUCUGCGGUGAUCGAUAUGGAUGAAAAAACCGCAGGCUAUUUCCAGACAUUUUUAAGGCAACGCUCAAAGACGUCUAAAACCAUCUUGGGAAUCAUUUCCACGCCGCUAAUCAGGCCGAUUAAAAGAAAGCCUGAGCCUGUCACUCGCUUUCAGGAAAGAACGGUUGUAUAUUUGAGUAAACCAGAAGUAUCGGGGGUCCAAAGCAAAGUGGUUGAAUCAGUAAUGCAUACGGCCACCGUGUCUGCUGAAACUGUUAGUUCCAACGAGAAAACGUUUUCAUUUUACAACAAAAACGGCAGUGAAAAAAACGAUAGUGCUUCAAUCCAAAAUCGCAAGAACAAGCCACUUUCUUUUUUCUGGCUUAUAAAAGAUGGGAACGAGAAUGCAACGAUCAACCUGACCGAGAUGGCGGAGUAUGGAUCUGGCGCUUUGCCUUUGAUGUACGACACUGACCUAAGGGAAGGCUUCUUCAGCGGCAUGGAGCUUUCAUCCAGUUUCCCCUUUUACGACUUUGAGCCGUCAUACUCAAUAUAUGAAAACCUAAGCGUACUCGGCCUAAAUAUUUCUGAAAAUCAGACACUACAGAAUCCACCAAAUGAAAACCUGGAGUUACGCUCUGCUGUUGCCAGAGAUUCACAUCAGUUACUUUCAAUUUUAUUUUUUAAACCCCAAGUUGAAACAACACCCUUCAGUUUCAUGAAAACGUCUGCCUCCGAUUCUGAAAGUCUAACCUCAUCACCAGAAUGGAUUAGGAAAUCAUCAACAGCUUAUCACAGCAGCUUGCAGACUCCUGGGUUUUUCAGUCCCUCUUAUGGGACUUUGCUUUCUGGUUUCCACAUUCACCCGACUUCAGCUUUUUCUACUGUUGAAACCAGCCGUCCUAUAGCACCCCGUGAUGACCAUACACCGGACCCUGCGUUGCUCCUUUUUGUACAAAACCACCCCAUCAAAGAAAGUCUGAAAUUACAGAUCUCUUCGGUGAUGUACCCAAUUCAUAAUUUCAUUUCUAGCACUGACCUGACCGUGUUUGCUUUAUCUGCAUUUAAUGACAAAUCUGUUCACAUAGACAAUAUACCAUUCAUACAGUCAACCCCAGUGUUACCUUCCCAAACGUUCACAGUAAAGGAUGGUAAAGACACCUUUACUAAGAAAUCUAAAUCCAAGAUACUAGUAUCAGAAUCACUGGGUCCAAAUACACAAUCCUUUCACUCUCAUAUUUCCAACAUUUUACCAUCAAUAUGGCAUAAGAGUGAAUUUUACGAACCAGUGAACAAUGGCAGGUCAUCUUCUGUGGUGCCCCAUGAGUUAACAAUGACUGAGAAUAUCGAGAAUCUUCCUGAUGAAUUGUUCUCUUCCCCAGAACAAGAUUUCACAUUAGUUACGAUGAAUUCUCACACUCCAAGUCAUGCACGUGAAAUUAAGAGUAACGAAGGAUAUAAGGUAGAACAAUCAUCGAGUCUAUCCGACUCGGAGUUAUCAAAUAUCCACCAGUUUUCAAAGACUUUGGAGAAUCCAUUCUUCUCAAAUAAGGAUUUUUCACUUUUGGUUGGGCUAGAUCUUUUAUCCCCAUCCGUUGCAGUGCCUGUUCCAAGAAAUAAAUCUAGCCUUUCAACUAAUAGCACAGAAUUAAACAUAAAUACACUGGUUUUAGGUACACCUCUUCAAUUCCCUAAAGAUAUUGAGAAGGUAUUUACGCCUGAUUACAACUAUUCACGUUUUCCACCAACCUUUCAUGAAGAAUUAAAGACUCUGGAGAAAAAUGUCUCAAAGCCAUUGUGGCAACAAAUCGAAGAUAUCUCCACUUCUCUGAGAGAUGAUCCUUUCCAUGCCAUAGACGAAGUGCCCACAGACCUGUAUAACGUGACUAACGUUCUGUAUGAUCGAUACAGAAUCACUAGUGGGUCAAUGUCUGGGAUGGAUAAUAUAAAUCUGGCCUUCCCUUCUUCCAAGCAAAUGUUAACUGAGGGCAUUCACAAAGGGACAGCGGACUCCAAACAUACUGAGUCACUGGAAAACAAUAGUAAUUUUUCCCAAUUGAGGUCUUCCUUGCUAAUAACCAAAACUUCUAAGGUGUAUUUAGAACCCAGUGAGGCCUAUGAUUUGCCUUUCGAUAUCCCUCCAAUGUCCUCUGCUAUAUUUAUGUCUCAUUCUGGAAGUUAUAUGUUGGAAGAUGAUUAUUCCCUGAAAAUUCAGAACAGUGAUCAUUUCCAAGAACCCAGUUUAGUAUUCACCUCCCCCACACCUCCUCUAUCACUAAUGUUCUCUAAGCCUUCUACCGAUCUCCACAGAUCAACUGUGGUAUCACAGUCUAUGGGGACAACUUACGAAUCUGAGGUAGAACAUAAAAGUGAUGGAUUUGGUACCUCCCAAACUCAAGAAGAGCUUUCACAUGAAAUUCUAAUGGCACUGGCCGCUACUAGUAUAACAUUUCAUUCAGAACCACAAGAUUCUAAUGGCGUCAACAGGUCUUUUUCUUCAGAAGGUGAAGAUUCGUGGACAUAUUUUGUUCAUAAUACAAGUAGUGAAAAUCAAACUAGCACUCUAAAGCCAUUUUCCGCUCAGCCUGCUAUGCAAAACGGCAGUGCAAAUGUGGAGAUAAUCAGUGGAGAUGACAACCUACAGUUUUGGGAUGAUGGCGGCAGCCAACCUAUCAUCUUCACCGAGGUGGAGAAUACGACACCUUCAGACUUAAUCUUGGAUCCUCCUGCAAGAGAAUCAAAUGCACUGAUAACACUCUCUGGAGCUACUAGCAAUACUUUGAACACUGGAAUUUAUGAGUUUACCACCAGCGACAACUGGAUCAGCACUAAACACGAUCAUUUUACACUGUGCCCAUGUCAAAAUGAAAGCGAUAUUGUGUGCGAUUGUGGACCUAAAACCGACAAAAAUGGAUUGUACUACCGGAUUUCAUUUGUUAUUUAUGAUAACCAACAUCUAGCUAAUGAGCAGGACGUGGAAAAUGCAGUCGCUGCCUGGCUGAACCAGACAUUUGAAAACUGGACGCAUACAGUUUACGUAGCCAAUGUGAGCAUUCAACCUCAGAGUACAUCAAGAAGUAAAAGAAGUACUGCAAGUUACAUCUGCAAUGUCCUACUCAUUCAAAUAUACAAGAAUGAUACCGUUUUACUAGAGACAACAAUCCAGAUACGAAUAAUGAAUAAUAAAGAGUCGUUACGACAAGAUUUAAAAGUCGACCAGUUAUCUGUGAUUCAAAUUGAAAACUGCAAGAAAGAAGAAUAUCCUCCAUCUUACAAGUGGCCUGAAAGCAGGCCUACAGUAGUUCAAUACCUGCCGUGCUUUCAUAACAAAUCUCAAAAUGCAUCACGGACCUGCUUGCUGAAUCUGAUGAAUUAUACAUCCUUUUGGGGUCCAAUGGAACUGAGUAACUGCAUAAGUGGUGACAUUGACAGUCUCUCUGUCUCAGCUGAAAAUGCGGCCGAAAUUGCCACUCAACUCAAAGACAUAACGAAUAAUGAGCUGACCACUGAUCAAGUAAACAAAAUUGUCAGCAAGCUCAAGGAGUUAAUCAGUGUAGCACAGAUCAACGAGUCUUUGGCGACCACCGUGGUGGAAGUGUUUUCCAAUGUUCUGAGUAGCCCUGAUGAAGCUUUAGCGCAUUCGUCAGAUGUAGCCCUAAAAACAGUGGACGAAUUAGCAAUGAAAAUUCUUUUCACUGGCCCAUCCAUCGCCAUCACAUCCAAAAAUCUUGCAUUGGGAAUUUCAGCUCUGAAUCAAAGCACUUUCAAUGGGACAGCUUUCUCUGCAGGGUCUCCUAUGAGGUCUGAUGAACUCCAGGUCAAUUUUGAGAGAGACCACCAGAAUGCACUGGCAGAAGUUGUCCUCCCUCCAAGUUUACUGCUUAAUAUGAACGAAGGCCUACUUGAUACCAUUUCCCGAAUUCAGUUUGCUUUCUUUACCAAAACAGGACUUUUUCAGGACCAGAAUAAAAACAAGUUAUCAUUAGUGGUAGCGACGAGUGUUGGAAAUGUUUCCAUUAAGAAUCUUAAAGAUCCUGUCAUGAUUGUCAUUCAACAUACGCAAAAGCAGAUAAAUUCAACCUUCAAACCGUUUUGCGUUUUCUGGGACUUCAAAGCCAAUGAUGGCAGUGGAGGGUGGAAUGGUGAUGGCUGCAGAGUGGGCCCUGAAUCGAAUGGAAACAGCACGGUGUGCUUAUGUGACCAUCUCACGCAUUUUGGGGUGUUAAUGGAUAUUUCAGGAGCUGCCCCUCAGAUUGAUGCACGGAACACAAAGAUUUUGACGUUCAUCUCUUACAUUGGCUGUGGCAUUUCCGCAAUUUUCUCAGCUGCCACCCUACUGACUUACUUGGCUUUUGAAAAACUACGUCGGGACUAUCCAUCCAAGAUUCUGAUGAACCUCAGCACAGCCCUCCUGUUCCUCAACAUGUUCUUCUUAUUAGAUGGCUGGCUGGCUUCCUUCAGGAUCGAUGGUUUUUGCAUAGCAGUGGCGGCUUUCCUCCACUUUUUCCUCUUGACGUCUUUCACGUGGAUGGGACUUGAAGCCGUGCACAUGUACAUUGCGUUGGUCAAAGUCUUUAACACAUACAUCAGGAGAUACAUCCUCAAGUUCUGCAUUGUUGGCUGGGGUCUACCUGCCAUUACAGUUACUAUUGUCGUUGCAAUUGACCGAAACUUUUAUGGAAAGCAGUUUUAUGGCAAAGAUGAAAAUACAGGAGAAUAUUCUGAGUUCUGCUGGAUUAAAAGCAAAGUCGUCUUCUACAUCACCUGCGUCGCCUACUUUGGAAUCGUUUUCCUGCUGAAUGUUGCCAUGUUUAUCGUGGUGAUGGUUCAGAUUUGCGGAAGGAACGGGAAGAGAACCAACCGCACGAUGAGGGAGGAAGUUCUGCGCAACCUCCGGAGUGUCGUCAGCUUGACGUUCUUGCUGGGGAUGACUUGGGGCUUUGCAUUUUUUGCCUGGGGCCCGGUCCACCUCGCUUUUACUUACCUUUUCGCAAUUUUCAACUCCCUGCAAGGUUUAUUUAUAUUCAUAUUUCACUGUGCGCUGAAAGAGAACGUUCAGAAGCAAUGGAGGAGAUAUCUUUGCUGUGGCAGAUUCCGUCUGGCAGAAAAUUCAGACUGGAGUAAAACAGCCACCAAUACAAAGAAAGUCAGUUCUGAUAAUUUGGGAAAAUCGUUAUCGUCCAGCUCCUUUGGAUCCUCUUCAGCCAACUGGCAGGCCAAAUCCAGCUUCAACCCCUUUGCCAGGCGAAAGGGUAAGACAGAUGAUAUCGUCUACAGUAAAUGCUACCAAAAUUCAGAAGUGGAACCUUUAUAAAGGGCUGCUUUGAGAGGGCCUGACCAAGGUGAGCGGUUGAAGCCAGGAGUUGUGACUACGUUGUUGAGACCACCAAAGAAGAAACAUGAUCCCACCACUUUGUAAUUUGGAAUAAGGAUAAGCUCACUGGACUGAUUAUGUUGCUCUUGCACCAUGUCUGUCUACAUUAUGCUGAUAAAUACAACCGUGCUUACCAGGUUUCUGAAUGCCAUGGAGAAAAACUGUCACCAGGACUCAGUGGGCAAGACUCUUGAACUUUCUGUUUCAUAUUUUUCAUUUUGGAGAAACGUAGGGAAUUUAUGAGGAUGCACCUGCAGGACUGACCUGGAUAUGAGUUAUGGAGGAAAUGUUUCCAUGGAACAUCACAGAUUGCACUAUUCUUUCUAAACAUGGGACUUUGUGCCAGUCAUACUUUGUUGGAUUGGGUUGCAGAGGAAUAUUCACAAAAUGGUUGUAUGCUCAUUUGUUUCCUAUAAGGCAGCUAUUUGCCAGUAUAGCCAUCAUGGACACUGUGAUGAGAGAGAUGGAUGAAGGGCCGUCUGAUUUUAGGGACUACCAGCAAUAAUGCAGCGUUCCACUAAAUGAACCUGAAAAGAAACUCUUGCUGAGGUCCUACAACUGUCGUCCUAGCUGGAAAGAGCAAGCGUAUGAAGAUAAAUUGGAACAUUAGCAGCAAGAAUUAAACUGUAACCAGGUGAAUCUGGCGGGGCGUCAAAUAGAGAAAUAAAAAGCCUUAUCUUCCUGAAAUAUGCACAUUAUUUAUUCUUAGGAAGACCAAAAUGUUGUGGAGCAGAUGUGGACCAAAUAUGGACUAAAUACUGCAUGUAAAUGUUUUAACAUGAAGUACUAAAUUAUGCCAACGCGUAAAAUGUAUUCGUGAUUGAAUUUCACAUCAUCAAAUGUAUCCAGUUUCACAACACACUGUAAAUGGUCAUCAGUUUUAUAUUCCAGUUUCAACUGGAAGUCUGGAUGGAUGGUCAACUGACAAUAAUAUUUUGUUCACUUUGGGGUCAAUAAUUCUGAAUACAGAAGGAGAUUGCUGUAUGAGAAACAAAAUUUGGGUUUGAUACAACUAUAAAUUGAAAAUGAGAGGAUCUCAAUGCUUGCUGCUGGGAAUGGCACCCUAAAAUAUGUGGGUGUCCAGUCUUAUCUCAGACAGGAUCGCCUGAAAGUGUAUCUUCUCCUGAAGGUUCCAGUGAGAGUAAUAAAGCCUAGCCACACCGUUAAACAGGUAGUGGAACUGACUGCAAAAUAUUUAGAGAAUCACUAGAUUGAUUAAUACGAUAGUGACUUUAAUAUGGUGUGUUUAUUUGAAGAUGUCCAUGUGUCAGAUCUUUGCAAAAGUUUUGAAGCCUUUUUUUUUAUUAUUGAAAUUGAAUUAAAUGCUAGCGAGGAAUCACAGGAUGCCUCCAGUGGAUCAGUCUUGGGAACUAUAAAAGAGAUUCCAGCCUUAUAGACAUGGCAGAUCAAUUCACAUUUGCAGUGGUUCUUCCAGCCCCAUUUACUGAACAUUAGAAGUGCCGUGGACAUUUAACGGAGUUGGGUGUAGUUUAUCAGACCAUGAAGGACAGUUCAUUUCAUAUCUGUGGAAAGUAUUUUGCUGUAGUGGAUAUUAUCAUUAGUACAGAAGAACAACUAAGAAACUAUCAUAAUAUGGAACUUUAUCUUGACUGUUUUGCCACCCUAAAUUAUUUCACAGGACUAUCCCAUGUUGUACAAUUUCAAUUUCUACCAUAAACACCAAUGAGAAUUCUUUCUACUUUCAGAUGACCAUUAACCAGUCAUACUGAACUUGGUGGUACCGUUAUAAACAUUAAACGAACAUGCUGCCCAAAAAUGAUAUGUUUUUAAUAUAUUACUUACUCCACAUAUUUUGUACUGACAGCUGAGAGAAAUUUUCAAUCCUGUGUUUUCAUGAAUGAUGGAGAUGAAAACUUUAUGCUAUUAUACAAUACAGUACAACAAUAAACAAUGUAAAAAACAUCCAUGGAGAAAAGGAAAAACAAAAGAUCUCACGUUACUUGGGUUGUACAAUCCACAAGUCUGAUAUCCAGUUGUGUGCUUAAAAUGUGCAAAACACUUUUUUUUUUUUGCUAAAAUCUAAAAUAGAUUCUUCCGGAAUAAUCAGCCCAACUCAUAAACCGUCUUCGACUCUUAACAAAAUGAGUGAGAGUGGACAGGCAGAUGUUCAAUUCAAAAAGGUAUUCCUAGAUGACUUGUGCUUCCUGUUUAUAAUGUUUAAACAAUCCGUGUCUUUACAUGCACUUUAAUAACCCGGUUAUUCAAAGAAUCCUGGUUUCAAAAAUUCCAUGUGUACGCUUAUUCUGGUUAGAGAAACAAGAAUAUCUGUCUCUGAAAAACCAGGUUAACACAUGUAGACUUCUCCACGAGUACCCUGGUUAAGUGGCCAUAUAAUCCUAUAACUGGUUUGUAUUUCAGAAUUUUUGUAGACUGUACAUUGUUCUCUAUUAGCCUGCACAUUUUUUUUUUGCUUCACACCCACGUAUCCAGCUCUCGUGUGUGGAAAAUGGUGGAAGAAUCCACAAAGAUACAUUUCCUGAGAGAAAUGCAAUGGCAAUCGCACUAGUCCUUCUUUGGGCUGAAAUACUCUGCCUCAAUAUUUUAGAAAUUGCUAAAAUUAUGUUGAUGAGCCAAACGUACGGUGCUCAUCUCAGCGGCACAAUUUCAGGAGACACAGGCUCCAUGCUUGUUUUCGAACUCACGGUGGCCAUUGAUGAAGUUUAAUCUUUUUUGUUUUUUAGCACAAAGGAAAACUCCAUAAAAGGACUUGCACAUGUAAAGGGAGAUUUUAAAGAAACCAGGUUUCCUGCCUUAACUGGGUUACUUACCGUCUUCUUCUUCCUCCUCUUUAUCUUUUCCCACUUCUAUGUGGGAUCGAUGUGUUUGGCCAACUUCCUCCAUACAGCAUGGUCCCACACACACUCCUCCCUAGUGAGGCUCUUUUCCUUCAGAUCUUCCUGUACUCCGCUUAGGCCUCCCUCACUUUCUCUUCUCCUGGACUUCCAUUCCCAUCAUUCUUUUGCCCACACAUUCUAUGUCUCUCCUCAUUACAUGUCCAUACCACUUGAGUCUACUUUCCUGUCCUUUCUUAGAUAUCCGUCCCACUUUUAUGGUACCUCUGAUUGUCUCAUUUCUUAUUCUGUCUUUUUUCUGUCCACACAUCCAUCUCAACCUUCUCAUUUCAGCCACAUCCAAUGUCUUCUCCUGUACUCUCUUUACUGCUCAUGUCUCAGCUCCAUACAUUGUUCAUGGUGUUACCUUCUUCUUUUUUCUCUUCAUCUUUUCCUUCUUCUGUAUUGAGUCGAUGUGCUUGAGCAACCUUUCCCGUACACCUCAGUCCUGCACUUCCUCAUCAUUCAGGCCCUUUUCCUUCAGAUCUUCCUUUAUUUUUUUUUCAUCCACCUCAACUUUGUCCUCCCUGGCUUUCUCUUCCCCUGGACUUCCAUUCCCAUCAUUCUUUUGCCCACAUAUUCAUUGUCUCUCCUCAUCACAGAUCCACACCACUUCAGCCUGCUUUUCUGUCCUUUCUUAGAUAUCUCACCCACUUUUGUUAUACCUGUGAUUGGCUCAUUUAUUAUUCCAUCCACACAACCGUCAUGACAUUUUUAUUUUUUCCACAUCCGACUUCUUCUCCUGCGCUCCCUUUACUGCCCUUGUUUCAGCUCCACGACUUACGACUAGCAAAAAAGAGAUUUGUUUUUUUAUGUUGUUAGCAUACGACUGGCUGACUUGACUUUUUUGUAGAUUAUACACAAUUAACAUGAGAUUUUUUCAUGAAUUUUUUAAUAGUAUUGGUAUGCUAAUGAACUAGCCAAAAGAUUUGGAAUAGCAAACUGGGAGAAAAGAUUUUGUCAGAACCAGAAAAAGGACACAAAACCGAGAGGUCAACCACACCAUUGCAAAUAUACAAAAUACGAGACAAAAAUCGAGGUUGAAAAAAAUAAGGACAAGGAUUAAAGAACCGGAGUAUUCAAAAGUUAGGGAAGGCGUUGGUCACCCAUAAAACAUGAGCUUUAAAAUGUUUUGGCUACAAAGCACUUGGGUAAGUACCAUAAAAAAAUAUGAUUUUUAGAUGUAGUGUUCCUUUCUAUUAUUUGGAAUUCGUCACAAUAAGCAGCUGUACCAACUGUUUUACCUUUAGAGUAAGCUGGAGGUUAUUAGCUAGUUAGGUAUUGUAACCACUAGGGUGCACCACUGAGUCCCAAACCACAGACACAGCAAUACCCAACACAAUUUGAGGUUCAAAUUAAACAAUUUUUUUAUUCAACAAAACCCCUUCUUUUCCAGAACACCAGCAAAAUACACCAUUCACGGUUCUCUCCUUCCUCCUCUAAGAGUGUUGCCCGCUGCUUCUUGACUCUGACCUGACCUGAAGUGAGGUGGUGGGCUCCCUUUUAAAGUUGACCCGGGAACUGCUUCUGGUUUCCUGUCCAAUUCCUCCAAAGCACUUCUGGGCCUUUAGGAAACCAAGGUAGUCCUCCUCCCGGCCCCACCUUUUGGUGGUCCCCAAAGACCCCAACAGGGCUAAGUCUCCAGACUUCAACUCCCGUGCCACCCUGUGGGUGUCCUGAUUGGGUUUAGCUCUGAGGAACUCUGCCACCUGCUGUAUGGGGGACUAAAUUACGCCCCCCAAACAUUCCUUUACGAUCUGUUCUCUGGGUAUGAAUCCUUCCUUUAUGUCCAUCCCUCUGGGCAGUUACAGGUUAUAUACACUAAUCAAA